UCAUUAUACUUAUAGUCCUUGGACCUCUGUUUUCACUCCAUCCCAUUUGGUGGCUGAGCGCUGCGUUCAAAUCAUGCCGUUACGAAAAAACCCGAUUUUAGUGGAAGUGGUUCUCCUACUGCACUUGGGAGCGCUUGAUUACAGUAUCGGACUGCACCACGGGGACAUGCGAAACGAAAGCCUGGAUCACCUGCCCUGCGACUCCAAUGAAACUACUGUGAUAUGCAGAUUGACUGGGCCAGACCUACAAGGAAAGACAUUUAAGUUGGAUGUCCAAGCUGAACAGACAGUUAAAAUUCUUUCUGCAUCUUCAGAAAACAAUUUAGGGAAUUGUACACAGUGCUUAUGGAAAAAUCGAGAGACAGCCAGUGUGCUCCCGUUCCAAACCUUUAAACCAGACAUGGAUGGAGUUCAUACUGCAGUCUGUGACAGUGGCAAAUCUAACUAUUCUGUAAACAUCUCAGUCCAUGUAUACUCACCAAAAACGAGGCCAUCAUUUCCACAGCUGACAGUCAUUGCAGAACAAUACAAUGCCGCUAGUCUGAGAUGUGUUUCUGAAGGGCAUCCCAAGCCAACAAUAAAGUGGUAUAACAAUAAAGGACCUAUGAGAAAUAACUAUAUACAGGAGGAGAAAACGGAAGAAAAAGAGAUGUCAGCGAGCAAACUGGACUGUUACGCUGACGCAUUUUCAAACACAAAGUGCUGUGCUACAAACUCAGAGGGAGAGGAAUGCUCCCAGAUUUACCACUAUUUGCUUCAAGCACCCAUGAUAGAGAUCGAAGCUCACAGGAUUCUGCUGCGUCAGGGACAAUCUCUCGUGCUCCGAUGUGCAAUAAAUGACAGAGACGAUCAGCUGAAGUGGUACUACAACAACUUCACCGAGCUCAAAGGAGUAAAACUGGUGCAUUAUAGCUAUUUGAUGGAGUUUUAUUCCAUCAACUCUGUUAGUGUGAGUGACAGUGGAGAGUAUAUUUGCAAGAGUAAGAAAGGUCAAAAAAAGGCUACCCAGGUUCAGGUGCUUGAGAAGGGAAUACUUGAAAUAGAUAGCCUAGAUGAGAAUGUCAGAAUUGUACGCUACGAAAGACCAAACUUUUGUUUCCAAGCUGAGGUGCUCUCUUACCCGAAAGCACAAUGUCAGUGGAUUACACCGAAUGGCUCUAAAGUGGAGUGCUACGAAUCUCACUACCUCUGGGGUACAAGCACUUUUAAGCUGUGUAACCCAGAGCCAGGCCAAUAUCAGAUACAGCUAAGAGCUGAUGAAAAUGCAGUCACCAGAAAUAUGUCCCUCUGUGUGACAGAAAUUCCAAAGUUUAAGCUUCUCCAAGAUGAAGACCAUGUCAUCUGCAUGACCAAGAGUGCUCUCCCACUGUCCCUGUAUUGGAUGACCUGUCCAUUACAUACCAACUACACAGAUGAUGCGAUGUGGAAAAAGAUACACAUGGAUCUUGAGGCCUACCCAAACUCUGAGCAGUUCUGCCAGAAGCGUAUUGUCAUCUCUCUGUUAGCCAGCCGUGUGAAUAACCACUUUGUGAAAUGUUGCCUCAGCAAUGAUGCAGGAUCAUACUGCAGUGGGCAGAUCACAGUGAAACUGCUCUCUCAGCACUACAUCACUAUCUUAUUGGUGUGCGGCUUCGUCAGCCUGCUGAUCUGUGUUGGCCUGCACCAUUUUACCCACAGGAAGAAACCUGGCUAUGAGUCUCAGCUUCAGAUGGUUCAAGUGGUCGGGCCAUCGGAUAACGAUUACAUCUAUAUUGACUUCAGGGAUUUCAAAUAUGACCAGAAAUGGGAGUUCCCUCGGGAGAAUCUCGAACUGGGUAAAGAACUGGGAUCAGGAGCUUUUGGGAUGGUAAAGCAGGCUACAGCAUAUGGGAUCAGCAAGCCAGGAGUGUCUGUGCAGGUCGCAGUGAAAAUGCUAAAAGACAAGCAUCAGACAGUGGAGAAGGAGGCCUUAAUGUCUGAAUUGAAGAUGUUGACUCAUAUUGGACAACAUAUCAACAUCGUGAACCUGCUGGGAGCUUGCACUGGCUCAGGUCCCGUUUACUUGAUCUUUCAAUACUGUUGCCAUGGUGACCUCCUGAACUACCUGAAGAGCAGCAGAGAGCACUUCAACAAGUCCCUAAUGGAUGCCAUCCUUAAGGACAGAUUGAGCAGCCUGUACCACAACUACCCAAAGAAGAGAAACCCCAGUGAGUUCGUUCAGGCUGAGAAUGAGUCGUACAUGCACAUGACCCUGGUGAAUAAGGAACAAGAGUCACUGCUCCCACUCAGCUGCUCCACGGAUGUUACUGGAGGAAUAUUUGAAAGUGAGGAUGAAGAAGACCUUCAGACUUUCACUUUAGGUGACCUGCUGAGCUUCUCCUACCAAGUUGCUAAGGGCAUGGAAUUUCUUUCUAACAAAAAUUGUAUCCAUCGGGACCUUGCUGCAAGAAAUGUGUUGGUAGCACAAGCCCGUGUAGUGAAGAUUGGUGACUUUGGCCUGGCACGAGAUAUUGAAAAUGACUCCAGCUAUGUGGUCCGAGGAAAUGCACGUUUACCCGUGAAGUGGAUGGCCCCUGAAAGUAUUUUUAAGGGGAUCUACACCACGCAGAGUGACGUUUGGGCUUAUGGCGUCCUGCUAUGGGAGAUCUUCUCACUGGGUGUGACUCCCUAUCCUGGUAUGAAAGUUGAUAACAGUUUCUACACAAUGAUUGAGAGUGGUUUUCAGAUGGAACGGCCCUUUUAUGCAUCUGAAGCUGUGUACGGUGUGAUGCGCCAGUGUUGGGCCCUGCAACCUAAAGAUAGACCCUGUUUCUCCAAGAUGGUGGCCUUCAUGGAAACCCAGCUUGCUGAUAUAGAAGAACAGCUCUACUAUAAUGUCAGAGGGCAACAAAACAGUUCCAUAUACCAGAAUGCUCCAGUAAUCUCAGAACCAGCAGGGAACACAGAAGAAAAGAAGGCCUACCAGCUGUCUGAAAAAGAUUCAUCCUGCAAGACAGAAAUGACUGGAGAAGAUGCAAUUACAGAGAAACUCGAUCAGGAGACCUAAAGAAUAGUUAAUUCAGUCUAGGGUCAGAAAGAUGAUAGUAUAACUUAGUAUUUGUAUUCGUUAUCCACUUUUAAAAUCUGAUGCAAUAAGAUGUUUUUUUUUGUUUGUUUUUUUAAUUGUGCUCUGUCACUUUAGUGAGUAACUAAAAACAUGCAUUUAUUUAGAAAGAUUUUAAAGAAGUAUAUUUUUUAUUGUAUAUUUAAUAUAUAGGUAUAUUUACAUGUCUUUUACAUGCAAGGGCUUGGAUUGGAUUAAGACUUUUAGGAUCACAUUGUCAGUAGGAACUCUGCAUUCUCCACUGUAAAUUAAUCUGGGACUAGUGUCUAGAAAACCAUCCCUAAGUAAACAUUACUUUUGUGUCUAGAAAACCCACAAGUCACAAACAAGAACUAUUGUAACUAGCCAUCUUCCAGCUCUACAACAACUGUUUUUAACAACAAUGAUGCAAAAUUUAAAUUGGAUGCAGGACAUUUACACUUUACCCCUCAUUCAAUUCUGAAUAGGUUAGUAGAGUAGUUCUUAGUGGUAGUGCUACUCUGAGAAUUUCUAACUGAUGUUUUAAAGCUUCUGUCAUCAGUUUGAAUGUUCUUGCUCAUUUCUACUGCUUAGCCACAAAGGUAGACACCCUCCCUUUAAUUCCACUCCCCCAAACAUACCUUUCCUCAAAUCCCUCAUUCCAAAAGCAGGUCUGCAGGCCCACUUCUUUAAAGAGGGUUUGCCUUAUUGGUUAGUAUAGCCAGACCCUAUUGAAAUGUAUAGCUGCUGAUUACAAUAUCUAGCAAACUCACAUUUUCUCUCAAAGUGUCUUUAUUUCUCAGGGUAUACUUUUUGAUGAUAUUUAUCCAUAUGUUUAAGCUAAUAGUCAUUUUGGAAAAUCUCCAAUAUCAGCAUUAAGUGAACGUUUUCUGUUGUAUGUUAAGUCAUUUUUGUAUGUCGUAAUAUUUAAAACGUACAGGAGAGGGCAGCAUCGUGCUGGGUCCUGAAAUAAGGACUGGAAUCGCAUCAGAAGGAUUUAUUUACAUUACUCAUGAUACGCUACUGCAAGCAUACAUUUCAUUUGUAUAAUAUUGUGGCUUUAUAUUUAUUUAUCAGAGUACACAAAAUACACUUCUCCUUUUUAAUAGUUCGUGGAAUGGUUGCUCAUUCUUUAGAAUGAAACACUUGGUAUAUGUAUCCACCUUGCUUGGUUUUUCAGAAACGUUACAAUUAUUAACCUAAAAUGUAACAUUUUUUUAUUCUUAAGCAACUAAACAACAAAAUAAAAAUUAAACAAAAAAGAAUGUACAUUUGCAAAGUGUUGUUUUCCAUAACAGAGAAUAAAGUGGCCAUGAAACGUAAGCCCUAAAUUUAGAAGAGAAGACAUGGAAAAGUACGGAAGAUACUCAUAGACACAUGUCGAUAAGUUCUAAAACGCCUUAAU